AUGUCUCACAAGGUUCUUCUUCUGGCCAUCUAUCACCUUUCAAUUGUUUUGGUUUCCAUGCAUGCCAGUCCCGGGGUUCUUCUUCCUGGACGUCCUUUUGUCACGGUCUGGAACGCCCCGACCAACCACUGCUGGGAGAAGUAUGGUGUGGACCUGGACUUGGAUCCAUUUGACAUUGUGGUCAAUGAGAACCAAUCCUUUGCAGGCAGUGAGAUGGUGAUCUUCUAUGAAACUCAGCUGGGGUUGUACCCUUAUUACGACUUGGAUGGCAGCCCCAUCAAUGACGGAUUGCCUCAGAACGCCAGCCUUAGUGACCACCUUAACCAGGCCUACAAAGACCUGGUGACUACUAUCCCUUCUCUGGACUUCAUAGGGGCGGCCGUCAUAGAUUGGGAGGAUUGGAGGCCUUUGUGGGAUCGGAACUGGGACAGAAAGGACAUCUAUAGAAAGCAUUCUCGGGAACUGGUGCGGAAGCGACACCCCCAAUGGCCUAAGCAGAAGGUACUGCUGGAGGCCAAAAGAGAGUUUGAGGAGGCCGCUGAAAAGUUUAUAACGUCUACAUUGGCUUUAAGCCGUAAACUAAGGCCCGGCGGGCUGUGGGGCCUCUAUGGCUUUCCUAACUGCUACAAUUACGACUACAAAAAAGCUCUCUACAAUUACACGGGAGAAUGCCCGCCGGUCGAUGUGGCCAGGAACAACCUUCUGAAAUGGAUGUGGAGGUCCAGCCAGGCGCUCUAUCCGGACAUCUACCUGGAACAAAUGCUGAAGGACUCUGUGUGUGUCAGUCAGUUCGUGAAACACCGCCUGGAAGAGGCUUUCAGAGUAUCUGGACAGUCAGAAGAGGGUGAGCUCCCGGUAUUUCCCUACGCCCGGAUCGUGUACACAUACAGCAUGGACUUCCUGACCCAGGAAGAUCUAAUCCAGACGAUUGGACAGAGCGCAGCGCUGGGAACUGCGGGCGUCGUCCUUUGGGGGAACAAUGACUACAGCCGCAGCAAGGAGGCGUGUCUGGCGGUGAAGUCGUACAUAGACUCCACACUGGGGGGAUGUAUGUGGUCAAUGUGACGAAUGGCGCCACCCUGUGUAGUCAGGCGCUGUGCACAGGAAACGGACGCUGCGUGCGCAAAGACUCCACCUCUAACAGCCACCUCCACCUGCACCCCGACAGCUUCAGCAUUAGAAGGAACCCCGAGGGCAGAGGCUUCCUGGUCUCCGGAGAAGCUCCAAGAUGGACGUGGUGCAUAUGGCUCUCCAUUUCCAGUGCCGCUGUUAUCCUGGAUGGGAGGGGCCGGAUUGCUCCCACCGAACCGGCUGA